GAUCAAACAAAGGCUUAUCAAAUGCUCUAAUGCUCAUUAACCUUGUAUCCCCCCAAAAACGUGGUACUAAUGUUGAGAGUCGUCUUAGGCUUAUUGAUGACAUGUUGGAAAACAAUGCAACAAUUCCUCUUGCUCAUAAUUCAGCCACUCAAACUGAAAUGACUAUUCACUCCUCUAUUCUGCAUAUGGAACAAGGGUCCGGAGUUGAUGUGUUCUUCUUGUCACAAGCCAUGACCUCAUGUGGGUCCAAGCGUGACCUUUCAGGAGGAAUCCAACAUCACUGCCUAGCAAUAACAACUGGCCUCAUUGCCAGUGUUUAUGUUGGAAGUUCUUUGAUAAGUUUGUACACAAGAUAUGCCUUGUUGGGUGAUGCAUACCGUGUGUUUAAAGAAAUGCCUGUGAGAAACGUAGUUUCGUGGACAACCAUUAUUGCUGGAUUUGCGCAAGAAUGGAGUCUUGACGUGUGCUUGGAGCUCUUCCAACAAAUGAGGGGUUCUGAUUCGAGACAAAAUUGUUUCACGUACACCAGUCUUCUGAGUGCUUGUAUGGGCAGUGGAGUACUGGGGCAUGAGAGAUGUGCUCAUUGCCAAAUAAUUCAAAUGGGCUUUCACUCUUACCUCCACAUUAAUAAUGCUCUCGUUGCCAUGUAUUCCUAAUGUGGGGCAAUUGAUGAUGCCUUGUACUUAUUUGAAAAUACAGUGAGCAGGGAUGUUGUCACAUGGAACACCAUGAUCAUGGAUAUGCACAACAUGGGCUUGCACAUGAGGCAAUCAUACUCUUUGAAGAGAUGAUAAAGCGAGGUGUUAAUCCUGAUACUGUUACUCACCUUGGUGUUUUAUCCUCGUGUCGGCAUGGAGGUCUUGUCAAAGAAGGUCAAGUUUACUUUAAUUCCAUGGUUGAGCAUGGUGUGCAGCCAGAGCUAGAUCAUUAUUCUUGCAUUGUAGAUCUUCUUGGUUGGCCUGGUUUACUUCUAGGGGCUCGUGAUUUCAUCCAAAAUAUGCCUAUUUUUCCCAAUGCUGUAAUAUGGGGUUCACUGCUUUCUUUCUCUAGGCUUCAUGGCAAUGUUCAAAUUGGCAUCCAGGCAGCAGAGAGUAGGUAGAUGGAACCGGGGUGCUCAGCAACACUUCAACAGCUAGCAAAUCUAUAUGCAAGAGUUGGCUGGUGGAAUAAGGUAGCAUGAGUGCGAAAAUUAAUGAAAAACAAAGGUCCAAAACCAAAUCCUGGUUGUAGUUGGGUUGAAGUCUAAAGCAAAGUCCAUAGAUUCGAAGCACAAGAUAAGUCAAACAGCAGAAUGACAGACAUUCUUUCAAUAAUGAAUAGUCUGAUGGACCACAUGAGUAGUUUUAACCUUCAGUCUCAGAUGUGUGAGGAGGAAAAUAUUUGGCUUUUAGCAUUGACUUGUAGAUUUGGCAUGAGUGGAAACAGAGGGCACUCAUUUUCUGGUCAGUGAAAUGUUCAUGGGUGGUGGGAAAUUCAAGAAACAAUGCAAGCAUUAUUGGUUUUGUGACAUUUGAUGUUCUUCACUUCGGUUGCAGGGUGGUUGGCCUCAUCCCUCAAACCCAG